CGAACGUUGCCGCACGCGGUUACCCUUCUGCUCCCCCACCGGCAGUAGCACAAUGAAUAUGGAGGGUGAACUUCUCGUCGACGACGUUUCAAACGAUGAGCUCAGCUUGGAUAAAUCUGAUCUGCUCACCAUGCUCUUAAAUAAUCUAUCAGAUUCAGAAACCUCCUCAUCCCAAGCAUCUUCUCCACCAGACUGGUCUCAGCUUUCCUCUCUCUGGCCGCAACAGCCCUUAGACUUGAGUUCUGACCAGAACUCAAAAUUUCCUGAUCUUGGCGGUUCUUUCGAUUUCUCUUUCCCCAUGGACCUUGACCUCAAUGCUGCAUUGUCCAUGGCUGUCGACCCAAGUACACUGCAGUAUCACGGCACGUCUCCACAGACCAUGUUUGACGUGAACUCUCUUCGUAUCCAGCCCCAGGAUCUGCUUUCCUCAUUUCCGUUCACUUUCUCAUCACCCACCCUCAGCUCUGCCUCAGCUUCUUCCAGUUCGGCUGAUGAGAAAUCACCCCGGAUGAGCAUCUCAUCCGGUGCGUCCGUGUCUCCGGUCAUGGUACCGAUUAGCUCGGGUACAGACCCCUUCUCUGGGGUGAUUAUGCAGGCAAAAUUGCCCAUACCCCGGCUCAUAUCCUCUAUUCCGGCAUUGCCUUCCUCCAAACCACCAAAACACAAGCAGGAACCUCAACCUUACCUCUCGUCUUCGGCGUCAUCAUCUCCUUCCCCCGGGCCAACUACUCCCACUUCCGACUCUGGAUCAUCCGCACCUAACACUCAGAUAGCAGGCGCUGCUGUCGUUAGCCGCCCGAAGACUAGUCACACAACCAUUGAGCGCCGUUACCGUACAAAUCUUAACGCGCGCAUCCAGAGCCUCAAGGCCUCUGUCCCUGCUCUUCGCGUUCUAGACCAAAAUACUACACAAGAAGGUGAUGUUGUAGAUGAACGUGGAUACAUUGACGGUGUCAAAGUCGCGAGGAAAGGAAGCAAGGCCAAUGUACUCGGAAAGGCAGUCGAGUAUAUCCGCGUCUUGAAAAGGCGUGAGAUUAGGCUGAGGCGCGAGCAAGAAGGACUGCGUACCCUCAUCCUUGGAAUUCCCGGUGCUCAGCCUCUCCUUGCUGAAUGGGAUCAUGAAUGGGCCAAAAAAUUUGGAGGCCCAGAACGUGAUGAAAUCGACAAUGACGCCGAAGCCUACGAAGCAAGUGAUGAUGAAGAUGGCGAUGGCGAAGACGAGGGUGAUGACUCUGAGCGCGUCCGCAAGAAGCCCAAGUUAACAAAGGCGCCUGCAGCCAAGAAGGAUAAGCAGACCGCUGUUUCUGUUGCCGCUGUUGCGCCCACAUCGAUUCCCGAUGGUAUCCCCGGAGCAGUACCGGAGAAGCGCAAGCGAGGUCGACCCCGUAAGAUCCAACCUGGCGCUCCGCCCCCAAUUGUCGCUGCCGCACCUGUCUUGCUCAGCGACCCUGUUAGUGCGCCUGUACAGGGCGAUGUUACUAUGCAGGCACAGCCCCAGCAGUACCUUCUUGCUGUCUUUGCGCUGUUUUCGUUUUUUAACUCCCCUUUCACCUCAAUGGGUGCUUCGCAUCCUCACACACACCAAGGUUCGGUACUAUCCCACGUUACUGAUUCUACACCUGUUACUGCUGCUACGAUGUGGUCAUGGAGCAGCGCCAUACAAGCCAUCCACCUAUUCGCAUCUGUUCUGGUUCUGUUCACAAUCGUCGUCCCAUGGCUACCUCUUCCAGGAUAUGUUCAACGUGCCAAGAUUAUGCGCCUCAUACCCUUUAGUUAUCUGAUCAGCAGUCGAGCACUCACAGCUCACGAGGGGGCGGAGCUUCUCUCUCCCCCUCUCUCCCCUGAUAUCAGCGACUCAGAGUCAGAUGCGGAUUCGACUACUACUGAGAGAACCACACGCCAAGAGCGAGGUCCAUUGUCAAAUGUACUUGCUCAGAGCGGCUCCCAGGAUGAACGUGAUGCUCUCAUUGACGCACUAGGGUUGAGCACCGGUGCACUUGGAGCAGUCCGAAGCGUUUUCGUCAAGCGCAUGGUGAACAAGGCCUCUAACUCUGAACUUGAGCGUAGGGCAUGGGUUCGCCUAGCCGAGCUCGUUGCUCUUAACCCCACAUCAGCUCCAGCCCUUCUACGUCUUCAAGUCUAUCUGCAUCUUUCGUCCUUGUUAGGCGCGUCUGGCAAAACAACACAACACGCAAGUGAUCUGGCAACAUUGGCACUCCUUGCCCAUUCACUCCCAGUAUUCUACGUAAAGGAUCGUUCGCAGAGGUUAUGGAACCGUGCUCGUGCCGGGUUGGUUCGCCCUUACGAGCGGUUAGUGCUAGAAACGCUAUCCCUUGAGGAAGCCGCUCAGACACUUACGUCCUCACUUCCCACCACACCCCUAACGCCACUCGGUGCCCUCGCCACGACCCUCCUCCGCCAACGUCUCCAUUCCCACACAUCCGAACUUUUCGUGCAAACCGUCACCCGUUCCCACGGCGGUGCACACUCUCAAUCGCAUGACGCAGAACAAGAAGCCAAAUGGAACGAGACCAUCAACGCAGGCCGGAGCCUGGGCGGUACCACCAGCGCCAUCUCUGACUCCUUCAGCAAAGUAUGGGAGAACGGCGUGUUGAACGUCAAAGACCUAGUCGUAGACGACGAUGACAUCAAAACCAUGCUGAGCACCAUCGUUUUAUUCCGGCGGAUCUUCCCAUCUCGGAUUAUGUGCUGCGAUGCCACUGAUAACGAGGUUUCGUUGAUAUUGUCUCCCCCACCUAGUCCGCCUGCGAGAGGACCGCAGAAGGAGGUGGUGAUGCAGUUGCGUCGGGCGUUGGGGUCGAGCGUGUUUGAGGAGCAGAGCGAGGAUCGGGAUGAGUUGGAGGAUUCGCGGGAUCGUGCGGUGGAUAUGCUUGUUGAGUAUGAGAGACGGGGGAGGAGUCGUGUUUGAUGUAUUUGUGUUUUGAGAUUCGUGAUAGAUGGAGAUCUUACAAUAUAUUAGUAUUUACCCGCUUGUUGUCGGUUGAACUUGUAUCAGAGACAUUGAAUUUUAGUAACGUUGCAUCCA